AAUGUCGAGGCACAAAGUGCUUUCGCUUCUACUCUUGUGAACGAUGUUGAGAAAGCGGAACCUUCCAAGUAUGGUGUGCGCUCUGAGCAGGAGCAUAAGAACCUGCUUGGUUUGAAGAUCAACACCCCCGAGACCCAUGCUGGAACUGAUGUUGUCUUUGCUGCGAAGUCCCAGCUGCUCAACCAGGCUAUGCUUGAUGUUGGCAUGGGCAAGUAUCAAUGGUUUUUGUUCCUGAUGACUGGUGUUGGAUGGUUCCUGGAUAGCGUGAGUUUCUGGAUGAUGUCUUUUGUGGUUAUUGCGCCUUCUGCCAGUAACGAGGCGCAGUUUUUCUUCUCCGGCAACAAUGAAGACUACCUGUUUAUCAGUAUGUUUGUUGGUCUGACUGUUGGAGGCACGCUUUGGCCAAUGAUGUCCGAUGUGCUUGGUCGUAAGUGGAUGUUCACAAGCACCAUCGUGCUCAUGGGAAUGGGUGGCUUGGUUGGCGCAGGAAUGCCUUCCUUCACUGGACUUUCAGUCGUUGGCUUUGUUGUUGGCUUUGCAGUGGCCGGCAACAAGAGCGUUGAUGCGAUGAUUCUAUUGGAAUCUUUGCCUGCGUCCCAUCAAUUCCUCGUUGCUUUCCAGGGUGUCUUCUGGGGAUUGGGACAACUGGUUGCUUCGGCGGUUGGCUGGGCCUUUAUUGCGUUGUACACUUGUGGUACCGGUCCCGCCGAGAAGAGUAGUGCAUACUCAGUUAGCAAGCGUGCCCACUCUAGCAGCACUUCUUCUAGCUCUUCUAGUUCCUCUACCGCAUCCUGCCACUACGUGAGCAACAAAGGCUGGCGCUAUGUCUGGUGGACGUCCGGAUGCAUCACUCUGUUCUUGUACCUGUGCCGAUUCGCACUGUCUUUCUUCGAGACACCCAAAUUCCUUCUUGCCCGCCGUCGUGACGCGGAGGCUACCCAGCUGGUCAAGGACAUUGCUCAGUACAACAAGCGCCAGACAUGGAUCACUGAGGCCUCUUUCGCACGUAUCGACUCUACCAUCGAUGGAAGCGAGGACGAGCUGCGCGCCAAGUCCCGGACCAAGGCCCUUGUUUCUUCUACCGGCGCUAUUGGCACUCUAUGCCUCACUCUUCUCUGGUCUGUUAUGGGGUUGACCUUCAUCCUCUACAAACAGUUCAUCACCAACUACCUUUAUGAGCAUAGUGGUGUAGCCAAGGUUAACUCCACCUCUGUCAACACCCCAUACCUUUACAGUCGCUAUGUGUAUAUUGCCAUUUGUGCCAUCCCCGGUCCACUAGUGGCCGCAUUCCUUAUGGAAGUCAAGGGCAUCGGACGCAAGUUCACCGGCGCUGGAAUCGCUAUUCUCAUUGGAGUUUUCAUGCUCAUUUCAUCGGUUUCCAAGUCUCGGAAUGCUCUACUCGGUUUUGAAUGUGUCGUGAGCUUCUUGCAUGCCGCAAGCUUGGCUACCUUGACUCUGUACACCGUUGAGGUCUUCCCGACUCCCACUCGUGGAUUCUCUCUUGGAUUCAUGGGAUUCUUCUGGGGCCUCUUUGGAAUGAUUGCCUGCAUCAUCACUACUUUUGAUAGCGACGUGGUUUCUGGCGGUGGUCCGGUUUGGUUCUGUGGUGCUAUCUGGAUCAUUAUGGCUGGUGCCUGGGUUGCCUUGCCAGAGACCCAGGCUACUGCUGCUACUUAA